UUAAUCGAUAUUUAUUUACCUACGUUCAUCGUGUUUGUUGUCUGUUGGCAAGACAGGCUUAAACAAUUUCUCAUCCCAUUAUUUAACUGAAUUGUGAUAAAUUUACUGAUUAAGAAUAAUGCCGAAGAAUAAAGGAAAGGGAGGUAAAAAUAGGAGAAGAGGUAAGAAUGAAAAUGAAGCUGAAAAGAGAGAACUGGUGUUUAAAGAAGAUGGACAAGAAUAUGCACAAGUGGUAAAAAUGCUCGGUAAUGGAAGGUUAGAAGCGAUUUGCUUUGAUGGUAUAAAAAGGUUGUGUCACAUCAGAGGAAAACUCAGGAAAAAGGUUUGGAUUAACCAAGGUGACAUUAUUCUUGUUGGAUUAAGAGAUUAUCAAGAUGCAAAAGCUGAUGUCAUACUUAAAUAUAAUCCUGAUGAAGCCAGAAAUCUCAAAACAUAUGGUGAACUACCUGAACAUGCUAAAAUCAAUGAUACUGUUAACUUUGGUGAAGAAGAAGAAGAUGAUAACAUUAUUGAGUUCGAUGAAGUUAGUGGAGACGAAGAUAUUGAAAAUAUAUGAGAAGAGGAUAUACACAGUUGAAUUACACGAAGGAGAAGUUUUUAAACUAUUUUAAAGCAUUUUAAGCCGUGCUUCAAAAUGCUUUUAUAUUUCUGUUAAUUUAACAAUCUCAAAUCCCAAACAAUUUGAAUUAAUUUUUCUAUUGAGAUUACAGUAUUUAUUGUCAGUAAUUAUUUUUUCCCCUUGAAAAAUCAAGAAAAGUAUUAUAUUUAUGUCCAAAAAUAUGUAAUUUUAAAUUAUGAACAGUGUUUUUAAUGUAAAAAUGACUAUUUGUAAAUACUGAGUUAUCUUUUAUACUUAUAUGACGUCAAUUAAAAUUACGUUCUCCUAAUGCUGCUAUUUAUUUUUCAAAUUAGCUCUAUAAGUAGCAGGUAAUUAGAAUUAUUUAUUGACAUAAUAAAUGUACAAAUAAAAAACGAAGAUUUGUAUGAGACUUUUACAUCAUUCCAUUGUGAGAGUUGAAUGGAAAAUAUGUGCUGCAUUUUACGUUAUUGUACAUACAUGUAUGGUUGUUAGUUUUAUGUUUGUACUCGUUUACUGUCAGUAUUGUAAUUUAAUGUGAAAUAAAAGUUGACUCACUGUAGUUUCUUUGAGUUAUUGAGCAAUCACA